AUGAAUUUUCAGGUGAGUUUUAAUUGUAACAAAUUUCAAACUCGAGAUUCAUGUGGAGAAAAUGCGAUUGGUCAGGCGCAUGCAGCUUGUCUCUCUUGCCCGAAUCCAGGUCGAUGCAAAAUAGUUCCAUGCCAAUUUCAUUGCGUUUGUCGAGAUGGAUAUAUUUUCAGUGAAAAUAAUAAUUCAUGCGUUAAAGCAAUAUCGACAACCGAUUUAGCAAUGUCGUCAUUUGAGUCUUCGAGCGAGAAUUUCGUCAAUGGAACUUCGUCGGAUAAUACUGAAUGCGGCAAAAAUAUGGAAUAUGACGAAAUUUCGACAUUUUGCCAUCUUCCUUUCAUUAGGAUAAUUUAUAACUUUCUUAAAACCAACGGUUGUAAACCGAUUUGUGUUUGCAAAAAAGGAUAUACAAAAAAUGACGAACGAUCGUGCAAAUUGAUACGUACACAUCCUUUUGCUAAGAAUAAAUAA